UGGUAUUUCUGUCAUGUAAGCACGAUAGUAAUUUGUAGAGUCUGUGGUUCUUGUCAGUCUCCGUGUUUGUCACUAUAUAAUGUUACAUUAUUGGACGUGUGGUUAUUUCGGAAUGAAUGUUCUUUGCUCUUGAAAUGACAAUGAUUUCACACUGACAGCGUACACAGUGGAUAUUUAAAAAUAGUAAACACUUUGCAUUUAUAAAGGACGCUAUAAAGAUGGCAUCAUCAGAAACGGCCCAAGUCAGUUCUUUGCCACUGCCUCCAGUGCAGUAUAUUAACCACUACACCGACGAGAAUAUUAGAAGAGGUCGGGCGCCAAGACCUCCACCAGUAAUUCAUGAUACAUAUAAUAUGUUCGGAAAUACAUUUAAUGCUGAUGACACAAUAAUAAGGCCACUUGAAAGCCAGGGCAUAAAGCGCUUGUAUCCACAGCAUUUUGAUCGUCGUCGUGAGCUCCGAAAGUUGAAUCACUCUUUGCUCAUCAACUUUCUUGAUUUGCUAGACUUACUUGUUAGGAGUCCUGACACUGCUUGUCGUGCUGAGAAGGUUGAGGACCUCAGUCUCUUGUUCAUUCACAUUCAUCAUCUUCUCAAUGAAUUUCGACCACACCAAGCCAGGGAAACUCUAAGAGUUAUGAUGGAACUUCAGCGUAGACAAAGGAUGGAAACAGCUCAGCGUUUCCAGAAGCAUUUGGACAAGGUAAUGGAGAUUUUACAGCAAGCUUUACAAAUGCUGCCAGAUCCUUGUGAAACUGAUUCAAAACUCCUGAUUCCAACAGAGCUAUUUGACUGCAUGGACACUGCUAACCAAGAUGAAUCGGCUAGUGAAUCUUGUAAUGCUCUGGAUCGGCUAAUGUGUGAAAUAGUAGAUGCAUUGUAAUAUGAAGUUCUGAAAUAAAUGUUCAUUUUUGGUUAAUGAUUGUAACCUAA